GUAAAGGGUCGGAACGUGUUUUGUUGGCAGAAGAUCCUAUAUCGCUUCCCGUAACCAUUUGCAGCGGGUUUUGAUCCAAACAAACUCCCAAGUCUCCACUACCAGUUUGCCGAAGGAGGAAGAAAAAGAGAACAGGGUAGAAUCAUUAUUGAGAAGAAAGAGAUAAACAUGGGCGAUCCUUACUGGAGAUAUGGCUCUGCUGCAGAUAGAGAGGGUGUUCCAAGAACCAGUUUUCCUGGGUACUUGUCUUCUGACACCUCUUCGUUGGCAUCUCAUCGCUUGUGGAACUCCAAUGAUUUUCGAGGAUCGUCAUCAGAGUACCUGCAGAAUGAUAUCUUACCACGACCCGGGUCUUAUGGUUUAGAUCAUCUGACUGGCACCAACAGUCGUGUCACACCAGGAUUUGGUGGGCUUUCAACUGGAGCAAGCAUAGUGCCACCUCUAGAAGAUCCAGCAUUGAUUAGCCAAAGACGGGAUAUUGCACUAGGCAUCAGUCCUGGUAUUCCUGACAUACUUAAUGAAAGGCCCAAUUCUUUGAGAAAAUCUGAGGGUCUGCAAGGAGAGGAAUCAAAUAUUCUCUUUGUUGAUGGACUUCCAAAUGAUUGUACUAGAAGAGAAGUAGCUCAUCUUUUUCGUCCUUUCAUUGGCUUUAAGGAAAUUAGAGUUGUUCACAAGGAGCCAAGACGUAGUGGGGAUAAGGCAAUGGUCUUGUGCUUUGUUGAGUUUGAUGAUGCAAAAUGUGCUCUAACUGCUCUUGAAGCUCUUCAAGGUUACAAGUUUGAUGACAAGAAACCAGAUUCCCCUGACUUGAGAAUCCAGUUUGCACGAUUUCCUUUCCGUUCACUGACUGAUCGUGAAGAUCGACGACUUGGAGUUCCGCGGUAAUCAAUAGUCAGAAAGCUCAGCUUUAAUGCUUGAUUUGGCCAAGGAUAUUCCUCUCUUUGAAAGACUACCGGAGAACAUAGAAUCAAUGAUUUCUAGAGAGAUAUACUUUGGGUAUUUACGUAGAUAUUUGGCCAAUGUAAGAGGCCUUCGGGAGAAAAUCCAUGACGACUAUUGUGUAACACAGUUGUCACUCUGUAGUCGUAGCAUUGAAUAUUGGUGACUGCCUGCUGAACAAAUUCAUUUAUUUUACAUGCUAAACUAAUGGGUACAUGAAAAUGCUCCUCGUUUAAAGGGGUUCUUUA